AUGAAAAAACAUGUAAAUGCACCACAUCCUAAUAUUUACGUUUUCAUUGAUUUACUGCAGAAAGAACAAUCGUUAGCAUCAUUAGCAAGAUUACGGGAUGAUAUGGGUGCCCCAGCUCCAAAACGUCGAAAAAAUAAGAUAAUAACAGAUGCAUGUUUAGUAAAAUUAUGGCAACGCUACGACGAUGGACGGAUGGAUAUUCUAAAUUUCUUAAAGGCUGCUGGUAUGAGAUACUUCCAGUGUCCUUCCAAAAGUUGAUCUUUUUUUCUAUUUUCUGUUUUUCUUUCAUACCCAUUAAUUAAUAAAUUAAGUGAAUACUUUUCCAAAUCAGUGGAAAGUAUAUACUGCUUAAUUAGUA